AUGCCCAAUAUCACUGCAGUAACUGGAUUCAUCCUUAUGGGGCUCUCUAAUAUCCGUGAACUACAGACUCUAUGUGGAAUUUCCUUUCUGUUAAUAUACGUGGUGAUCCUAAUGAGUAACUUCCUCAUCAUCACUCUCAUUACCCUGGAUCAGAAACUCCAAUCACCCAUGUACUUCUUCCUGAAGAACUUGUCCCUGGUGGAUGUCUUUCUAGUGUCUGUCCCAAUCCCAAAUUUCUUUAUUAGUAGCCUAACUCAUAACAAUUCCAUUUCUACUCUUGGAUGUGCAUGUCAGUUAUUCUUCAUGGCCUCUUUUGGAGCAGAAGAAUUAUUCCUCCUGACAGCCAUGUCCUAUGACCGCUAUGUUUCUAUCUGCAUUCCCUUGCAUUAUGACAUUAUUAUGAGUAGUAUCAACUGUGUGCUGCUGAUGGGUGUACCUUGGGUCAUUGCAUUAUUCUUUGCAGCCAUAUACACAAUUCUCAUAUUUUCCAUGCCUUUCUGUGGUUCUAAUAUAAUCCCAGAGAUUUUCUGUGAUGUUCCUUCUUUAUUAAGGAUUUCCUGCUCUGACUCAUUUGUAGCCAUUUACACAAGUCUUGGGAUUGCUCUGUGUCUAGGUGUCUUUUGUAUCUUCUGUGUUGUGAUCUCUUACUUUUACAUUUUCUCCACUGUACUGAAGAUUCCUACUGCUAAAGGCCAGACCAAAGCAUUUGUCACAUGUGUACCUCACCUCAUUGUUUUCACUAUUUUCAUUGCUACUGUUUGCUUUGUCUAUCUGAAGCCACCCUCAAAUACAACAUCAAUUACAGACAGGUUGUUUUCUUUGCUGUACCCUAUGCUAUCUCCAGCCCUUAAUCCAGUGAUCUACACCCUGAGAAACGCUGAAGUUACUAGCGCUCUGAAGAAACUCAGAGAAAAUACUUCAAUACAAAGA